AACGCAAACUGAACCCUGGACCACUAAAUGGGCCUCAUUUCCGAACCCGGUAACAUGCCAAAUGUUAGCUCGGUCCAAGCACGGACAAGAGGACUUAGCUCGGGCCAAGCACAGCCAAGAGGACUUAGCUCGGUCCAAGCGCAAGCAAGAGGACAUUUACACCAAAGUGCGCCCACUUGCUUUGCCAUUGCACUGUACACCUACCCGAAGCUGUAAAACAUUGCAGCAAUGAAUGAAAAAAGAAAUCAUCCCCGGAUCCAGCGCAUAAAAGCACCGCCAAAGCAAACAGCCAAAUACCCACCUCCACCUCCACCGCCACCGCCACCACGUCCUCCUCCUCCUCCGACUCCUCCUCAAAACCCCACACCUUCUCCAACCUCAAAACCGCACGCCCAAACAUUGCCUCUUUCUUCCCUUAGGCCUUAAUCCCUUUCUCUCGCUCACUCUUUGUCUUACUUGUUCUGGUUCCCUUUGUUCCUCGCCGCCGUUAAUGGCGACGGGCUGGGUUAAAUCCCUCCAGUGCAAAUCCAACGCCCGGAGAGACGUCUAUUCCCUGACGCCGUCAAAGAAGCCCAUCCUUCCGCUCUCCUGCGGCAGCUCCUCCCACGCCCUCAAAGACGUCGUCUUUCUCUUCCCUAAACACCCCUCCUCUGUUCCUAAAAAGCCCUCUCCAAAGACCACACCGCCACCCCAAACCAAACCCAGACCCAAACCCAAGCCCCCGCCGGGCCCGCCCUCGCCGGGGGGGGCGGGUCCGGCGCACUCACACCAGUUCCCGACCCUGACCGAGCUGCCGGCCGGCCACUCGUCCCGGCGGGUGGUGGAGAUCAUCUUCAGCUCGAGCUGGUCCGCCCGGGGCACGGCGUUCCCGGGCACGAUCGAGAUGCUCUUCCGGGUCCACAAUCCGCCCCGGACCGUCGCCCGGUUCGAGGAGUACCGGGCCGCGGUGCGCGCCCGCUGCGCCGCCGCCCAUUCCGAGGACGCCCGCUGCGCCGCCGACGGCAACGAGAUGAUGCGCUUCCACUGCGCCCCCAACUCGUCUGCCUCCGGCGACGCGAUCUUCGACGGCGGGGUGGCGUGCUGCGAGGUGUGGUCGCCGGGGGGGAAGGCGGAGGGAGUCCGGACCUUCGCCGGGAGUGGCCAGGCCCACGAGAGCGGCGGCGGCAGGGCCGGGCGGAGGGCAAUGCUGGUUUGCCGGGUCAUCGCGGGCCGGGUCCGGGCUGCGUCGGACCCCGAGUCGGCCGGCGAGUCGGUGUCCCUUGGGAAAGGGGAGCUCGUUGUGUUCGAUUCUCGGGCGGUGCUUCCUUGCUUCCUAAUUAUCUACAGGGUCUAAUCUAACCCAGGAUUAGGCCUCAAUUAACAACGGAAUUAAUAAUCUCUUUCUUAGCUGCGAUCUACUGACCUGGUUUGGGUUUGUUGUGGUGGGUGGGGGGGGUGUAGAAAGCUAUGGGGUUGACUUGGUAUGAUGGUGAAAAAGUUUUCAAUUUUAUGGAUACAGAAAUCCAAUUGCCUUCUGUUAUUAUUAUGGCUUGAAGUUGUUUGUUUGUGCAAUGAGGUAGGACGGUGGUUUCACGAUGUUUGGUGCAAGCGAUUGUUUGGUUUUGGUUCGUAUUCUCCUGUUAUGGGCUAAAGCAUUUUAGCCUAUCUUGUCGUCUUUUUAGGAUGAUCGAUGAGGUGUAAUUCAUAGGUUCUCUGGUUAUAGAAGUUACUGUUGUAACUUGCAUGAUUCUUUC